AUGCCUGCAACUCAAAUCGAUGAUUUAAAUCAUCAUAAUCCAAUUUCAAAUGAUUUACCAACAAUUCCAUUAGUGUGUUUCGAUGUGACUCAUGAUCCAAUCGCUAAAAUUGAACGUAGUCUACGUGUAUCUAUUGCAAAUAUUGAUCAAAACGAUGAUCCAAAUCUUGUCAUUCAACAAUUAACCAACAACAUUUCUAAUCUAAAACUGCCAAAGAAAUGGGGAACAAUAGACACUACUACUCUGUAUUAUCGUAUAGGUACUUGGAAAGAUUCUCUACAUCAUGAUUUAAAAAAUGAAAUAUCUUAUAAAUCGUUUUGGGAUGAAUUUUCAAAGAGAAAAUCGGAAGUCCAAUUAAUUGUAUACACUAGACAACCUGCUAUAAAUACACCACUUACUCCAAGAAAAAGCCCGCCAAGAUUACAACAAAUUCCAGGUCUUGAUUAUAAUUCAGUAACUAUUAGAUCACCAAAUAGAACAUACAAACAGAACAUAGCAAUCACUGAUAAAACAACUUUUUCUUCACUUUUAGCCUUUGCAAUUAAGAAACCACCUCCACCAGGUAAACAAUUUGUUCUACAAAGUGCUGACGGAGAAUUAGAAUAUAUGCCCGAGGAUCCGGUUAGGAAAGUAAUCCAUGGUACACUUCAUGCUGAUGUUGUGGUAAAAAUGGAAGAUAUUAACGAACGCUAUGUAGCAAAAUCAUUACAACAUUCUGGUUUUGCUAGAACAUUUAGGAAAUAUCUUGAUAAUCAUGAUAAAAGAAUGAUAGUUGAGCAUGUUCUUUAUGAAAAUGGAAUAGGAUUAUUAGAUGAUAUUGACUCUUACCUCGAGAUUAUUUGA